UUUCGCAUAGGGUUCCCCCACGAUUGGAAAGAAAAAUCUGUUGCCAUUUGUCAGUCGUGUGGUCGUGUUUGUGGGCAGCUGGUGGUCUGUCGAUGAUUCUCGGGUUUUCUAAGCUCUAUUCUGUUCUGGUCUCGAGUCUCGAUUGGUGUCGCAAGAUGUUGUAAUCGUCGCCGGAGUGACAGGAUAAUUGCACUCAUUGCAUUGAAGGUGGGACCGACCUCGGUUAUUCCAACAUACGUUUGUUGGAUUUUUAUUCCCUCACUCUAACCUGAGGUUUUUUCCCUCGUUUCCAUUCAUCGGUUGUGUCUCAACUAUAAAUCAAAACGUCAAAUAUGACACACGAUGGUACGAAUUGCUGGGACAGUCUACCCAGUGUUAUUAUGCUUGAAAUAUAUUCGUAUCUCAAACACAAAGACAGAAUUAAUGCCUCUGGUGUUUGUAAAAAUUGGCGACAGGCACUCUUCCACCCGAGCUUCUGGAAGGAUAUCACUUUUGUUUAUGAGAGCUGUAUGAGUAUAUCGUGGUCAAGACACUUAGCGGAGUGUUUCGCACUGAGUGUUCAGAACGCCACCAUCAGAUGCCAAACACUGCACUGGAGUGACCAACUGGAGUCCCUACUCUGGAACUUACGAGACAACCGUAACCUGAAGAAACUAAUAAUCGAACCGACAUCCUCAAGCUUUGAGGGAAGUGCUAAUUGCAAUGACACCUCCAAACGUACCGACAGAAUUUACAAAUCCCUCCUGAAAAUAAUCGCCACAGCAAAGCAACUGAAAGCGCUGAGCUUAGGCUGCAACGAGGACCUUUCCGUUCGCUUAGAAGAGCUCAUCGACACUCUGAUCCUCCACCACGGUAAGCACCUGACACACCUGGGUCUAGCCUCCGUGAAGGAGGAUCCAGAGAACUACGAGUACGUUUCACUGCAUCCAAUAGUCUUUAGCCAAUUCGAGAGCCUGGUAGUACUCACGUUGGACUACGAGCACCUAAGCGACACUCUCUUGGAGUCCCUGACAUCUGGAAACCUCGAGAGACUAGUCGUGCACGUCCACAAUUGGCGAGAUGAUCAGCCUAGCACCUCUAACGUCUCCUGGCAGCGUUUCGUACACAACAACAAACGCUGCGGACUUCGGCUAAACCUUCUUCACGCAUACAUCGGCGUCACAGUUCUCGACUCCGCAAUUCUCCGCCCUGCAAUGCCACUAACUCACGUGAAAGUCCUCUUCUGCGAGUCUGUGAAUCUUGCAGCCCUCUUCAACCUCUCCGCGUGGUAUUCCUCAAGCUUGAAAUCUUUCGUGUGGAUUGAUUCAAUUAACGAGGACGAGAUGUGGCCGCUCACAGACGAUCGCGCUGACGCCCUUGUCCUCAUGGCCUGGAGGUGUCCUAACCUCCUUGAAAUGGUCUACAUUGGCCACAAGUAUUACCAGGAGAACCUCCUAGCUAUUGCAAGAUUGAGAGGAGAUGUCCUUCAACGAUUCGAAUUUUCGGAGAGCAGUAUCAUCAUCGAGGAUGAGUUCGAGUUUGAAAAGACGAAGAGUGAGAUUAGAAAGAUCAUGGGAGCUAAUUGGAAGCCCAUUACCGAUGCUGAAUUGACACCUGUGCUGAUUGAUGCACUCUCUGGCGACAGCAGGGACGUUAUCAUGCCUCUGGUCCUGAGAGAUGCUAAAUAACUUGGAUAUUUGUUUUAUCGAGAGAAUAGAGCAGAUGAGCGCCAGCAGCCAUUAAAAAACCAUCGUUAAUUAAUGAAUGAAUCAAUCAAAAAUACUCCUUCCAAUGAGAUGCAUUUCAGAAUGGUUGUUUGCUUUGUGAUAUCUAAGGUGAAAUGAAGGAGAUGUUGAACUCGUAGGGAGGUGGAUAUAUGACGAAUGGAUUAUAAUCCAGAAUGACCAAGACCAAUGAGGGUCAAUGUUUCAUUAAAUUAAAACAAUGGAAACGUAUGAAGAGCAUUGCGAGACUGAAGAUAUGUACAAACGGCAUGCAAAGAAUCGCCGAGAACGCAUCAUGAUCUUCCAGGAGAGAUUCGAGAUGGGACUAUAAUUCCGGAGAUUAGGUAAAUGAAAAAAUUCAUAUAAAAUGAUUACAACAUAUUUCCAGACUUGAAACAUUAGUUUAAUCAACAUAACAAGAGUGAAAAUGUAAUGAAAGCCUAAAACAAGUAGAGGCGUACAGAGAUACAUUUUUAGAGUCACGUAGAUCGUGACCACGACGACAAAGGCGGCACCGAGGUUAUUUUUAAUACGACAACCAAUCGGGCCCACACGAUUUAAAAACAAAAAGAGAAGUUAAUUAGUUAAUUAUUGAAAAGUUAUUGGAGUAAUUUUUUUUUCGUCAACAUUAUUGUUAAAAAUGAGGGAGAAUUAUACUCGUAUCUGACUGCUGAAUUUAUUGCCAUUUUCAAGUAUACAUCUAUUUUUCAAAAAGUACUAGGGAAUUAGUUUGCUAGUCGUGUUAAGUCAGUCAUAGGUGGUUUAUUAUUCAGUGCACACGCAUGAGAAAUUCGUUUUCAACGAGUUUCGAGCAUUCAGCAUGGACGACGUUGUUAGACAACUAUUUCUUUGGUGAUUGAGACUAUUCCAUGGUGAUUAAAGGUAAAAGGAGAUAGAUUGAAAAAUUAUUUUGAGGUUAAUCUUGAUGAACUACAAAUUUAUCUGAAAAUCUUUCUUGUUAGAAAUUUAUCGGUCGUAGAAAAUUUCGUGAAAUCUCCCUCCACACUCCCAUAUUUCGAGACAAUUGCAAAAUAAAAUUCAAACUUAAAAUGAAAAUUAACAAUCCCCGAAAAAUCCAAUUUUUACAAGAAAAAUUUCUGCGAUACCUGAAAUUUCUAACGCAAAAGAAUUUUCGAAACGAUCCAACGAAUUGGUUUCUAAGAUACUCAAAAAAAUAAUUGUCAUUUUCAUUGUGUCUCAAUGAUAUCUCCUCUGAUCACUUACCACCAUAGACUUGAGAUACUAGUUAUAAAGUGCCUGAGGAGCGAUUGCCAGCCACAGAAUAUACGAGAAAGUCAAAAAUUUUGGUAUCUCGUUAAUUUUUUCUAUUAUUUAAAACUAUUUAUCUGGUAAUUUUAAUUCAUUAAAUCUCCUCUCUAUAUAACAUAGUAAUCUUUUAUUUGUGUUCGAGGGUGUGGUGCGUGAAGAAUAAAGGGGAAUAAACACGAGUGCGUGCUUUUUAAUGUGCAAAGAUCUAUGAGAUAUUAAAAGAAAUGUGGGAUCUAAUUAAUUUGCCGGGGAAUAAAAAAGGUAAAUAUUGAUGAUGAGAAACCAAUGUUAGAACGGGCCUUAACAUGUACCUGAGUCGAGUGACAAUCAUUCGACCAAAAAAAAUAUCGAAAGAGUGUGAAGAUGAGGAAUAAACGUGAAAAAAUAAAAGAAGAAUAUCCGCGCCCGUCUUAUGAGUUCACUCAAAGAACUAGUUAGUAGAUCAAUGAGAAAUUUAAGAAAAAAAAAACGUGCGAAAAGUGAGAGAGGUUUGAAAAACAUAAGCAUCAACGAUCUUUCGUAUUAAUGUUUAUUUCAUUAGAAUGAAGGAAGAAAUAACAUUAAAUUUCAAACUGAUAGCAGUAGUAAAGGACAGAAGAUGGAAAACCUCAAAAAUUUCACACUGAUUAUAUUGCAAAUAUCUCUGAGACCAGUGAAUUUUCGAGAUGUUUAGUUAACUCUAGAAAUUCUCUGGAAAACCAUCAUUUUAUUAUUUUUUUUCAUCUGAAUUUCAUCUUUCCUAAGAUAUUUGCAAAGUAAUCUGCUGAUCUAUUUUGGAAACAUCUCUUUCCACAACCGAUAUGUUUUCUUUUUAAAUAUCGACCAUAAUGGUAGAAGAUACUGUGGCAAAAUAAACUCAUUAACGUGAAUAAAAAAAAAUCUUCUUGAGGCAAUGUGCAAAUGUGUGCCGUAAUAUCCGUGCGUAAUAGUCGACAAAACAAAAAAAUAUUUAAAAUACAAAAGUGAUAUCCGUGAUUGUCGCCUCUCUUUGAAUAAUGCGAGACCUCUUGUACAAAGAUAGAUGAAAUAACAAUUGAGGGGUAUAUGUGGCACCAGCCAGCAUGGGCACAAAUGCAAGAAUAGAUAAAAAAAGCAAUUAACAAAUGCUUGUAGCAAUGAAUUAAAAAAACAUGUUACAAAUACGACCCAUAAGACUGAGCUUGCCAAACGCGAUACGCAAUCUAGAUGCUGGAUUGGUGUCAUGUGGAUACACAUUCGUGAUUUCUUGACGUUUAUGAAUUAUUUUAUUCUCUGUUGAGUCACUUUCCAAGGCCAAGAUCGACAUGAAAAUGAGGGAAAAUUUUAUAUGAAUUCCUUUGUGAAUAUCAUUGAACAUAGUGGAUUUGGAACAAAAACUCUGUAAACAUUUUUCUACUCAAGUUAUUUGAAAGACGAAGGAGAAAAACUCCCACUGGGUUUGAGUCAACAAAUGCACAAAGCCAAUAUUUCUAUCUCCAAUGUUUUUAUUCUGCAAAAAUAUUAUGAAUGUGUGUCAUUAAUUGAGAGGCGACACACGUGGAAUAGCGUAGAUCUGAAAAUGCCCUGAGCUCACUCGAGGAUCAAAGAUAAUGAUUUAAAGUUAACUAAAGAUAAAACAAAAAUCCCCCAGAAUUACGUAACAUUAAGAUCAUUAAGAUUCGCCUGCCAGGAAUCAAAACUAACUUGUAAAAUAAUACCAAACGAGAGCGAUGUUAGCGAAAUUAAAGAAACAAAAAAAUGUCUUAAGAUCUAUUUUUUAAGAACCGAUCGUAUAUUUUUUUACUAAGGCAGGCCUUAGUGACGAGGAAGCUAGUGUGGGCCCUGGGAGGAUAAGCCCCAGGUGAUAAUAUCUGUGAUGAACAUUAUAACAACGUAGAACAAUGCAUUGUUGGAAUUUUUUGAAUAUUUUCAUGUAUCAACCAAUUGAUUAAUCUGAUGAAUAUAUUGAACUGAAUUUAAGCCAUACAAAGUCAAAUACAAAAAUUUAAUUUUUUAUUUGCUUGUUUACGUGAGUGAAUGAACAUUUCCGAGUUUUAUUUAUUUUCUCAUUCAAAAAUCUCUAACAAUGCAAUAACAUAUGGGGGCAGACUCAACUACGUACAAAGGAGCAAAUAAACUAAAUAGUAAUGGUGAUUCCAUCACGCGUUAAGAUCGAGUGAGCUUAAAAGUAUUGUCAAAGGGGCGAUUUAUUUAAACAUCUGUGAUAAACAUGCGUUAACUCAUCACCAGUGCAUUUUAACAAAAAUUAAAAGACAAAGGUCGACCACAGGAGCGAUCAAUUAAAGUCACUCAAUUACAAGAAAUUGUAAAAAUUGCACUGGUGAUAUUUUAAUGAAAAAAAAGAAAAAAAAACAACCUUAGAGAGAUGUACGACAGAAACUGAAAAAUCUGUAAAAAGAAACUAUAGAAUGGAAGAACGCGCAUUAGAGAGAGAAAGAGAGAGAGAGAGAGAAAGAGAAGGCUGUUUAAAUCCUGUGCAUUGCACCAGUUUCGUCAAAUGUGGAGGAUCGCUAGGGGAAAAUCAAUUUUAUUAUUACUUUACGUUUUUAUCCUGAGAAAUGUGUUGUUCUAGCGAUUCAUCUCGCUUGUAAUUCAUAAGUACCUACCGUUAUAUCUGUGUGACAUGAAAUUUCUAAAAUCAAAUGAGAAGUGAAGUGAUAAAACGUCAUUGAACAUAGAAAGUCCAUUGUGAACGUAAAGCUAAUUCGAUAACCAGUGAUUUUUCAUCAGAAAAUCUGACAAAAAAAAUAUUAUUAGAAAUUUUCUCAGCUAAAAAAAUUAUUUUGAUUGCUGUCGAUAUUUUCAGAAAAGAAUACAUAAUUAAUGGCGAAAAUUUUUACAGUACAAAGUUGAAAAUACAAGGAACCACGAUGUUUUGGGGCUGAGAAUAUUGCAACAACACAAAUUAAUGAUAAAACUUUGGUGAAGACGUGCUCAAAACGUUUUGACAUUUCACGGACGAAAUAGUAUGCGUGUGAUACAGGAACUGAGAACGAGAAGAGGAAAAGAAAACACUUUGUCAUUCCAAAAACAAAUAAAACGAAUAACUGAGAACCAAAUACUGGGAAUUAAACAUUCAUUCCAAUGUAACUCGUUCUUGAAGAUUAAUAUGAUAUUUACCAACAGUAUUAAAAGUUCCUAAUGCUACAAGAAAUGUAAAAUCGAUUGUUGUGAGAAGCAAGAGUUGAUGUAAAAGGCAAAGCAAAAUAGAUAAGAAAAAAAUCGUGUUACGAAAACUAAUGGUUUCUGUUUCCCACUGUUAUUAAGACGAAAAUAUCUUCUCAUACCUAGAGGAGUGGAUUACAAUCGCCAAAAUGUAUUGAAAAUUUACUUUUUUAUCAUUCCAUAACGCGAGACAAGAGGGGAGCAUGCGUUUCGGGAUGAGGGUGAUUAUAAUCGAGGAAAUAAUGAUUUUUCUUUAGUAAGAAAUGUUUUACUGAAGUUACGCACACUCCAAUCUCUUCCCACCUACAAAUCAUUUUUUUUUUCAACCAAAUGGGAAAUUAUUAUUUUCUCGUGUUUGAGCUCACCUUUGGAGGAAUAUUCGUGAAAGUAGAAAAAUUAGUUGUCGUAAUUAUUUAUAGCAGGAGAAAUAAAAUUAUAUGUAACUGAAGCGCAGGAAAAUUAAAACAUGCAAUUCCGACAUUUAUUUAAUAAAUAAAAUUGUGGAAAUGUCUUAUUGAAUGUAUUUUAAAAUUUUUAUUAUUUUCUUUAAUGAAGGAAAGAGGAACGAAAUAUUUGUUUAUAAUUUCGUGCAAAUAUUUUCACUAUUGAUGAUUUUUACACAACUUGGCUAUGAUUGUUAACAUAACCUCCCAUUUUUAUUCUAUAGACGUCAGUCGGAAGCGUCUUUUGAUACUUUAGUUUCACACUAAUUGCGGCAUAGUUAACUUAGGGGUUAUUAAGGGGAUAUACAUAGAUGAAAAGCGAUAUUUAUGGAGAGCGAUCUGCAGGCGGAUUGGAGUGUUUGUAGCCGCACAAUCGCAAGAAAUACCUUUCUGUUAAAUUGUUUUACGAAAAAUAAUCAUUGGAGUACAACCAUCUGACUUUUUCCAAUGAAUUGGAAAAAACAAUAAUUCAAAUUAAAAGGAUAAGAAGAUUGGUCUGCGCUGCUAUAUUGACAAUUAUUGUAAAAUUAAUUGUACCAUGUAUAGUUUCAUCAAUCAAAUUAUUACGAAGAAAUAUCCACUUCUGAACUUGGCCAAGUUUAAUUAACUGACCUUUCGAGUAAAAAUAAUAUAAAAAUCACUGAAGGACCCAAAAUUUUCAAUAAAUUAUGAAUAUUAUCGCUA